UUAUAGUAAUGAGUUUGGGAAUCGAUGGUGUUGCCGUUUUAGCCGAUCUUCACUGGCUUCUCAAGGAGUCCGAAAUGAGGUGUUUGGUUGACGCUGAGCAGUGGGCUAGCGAAAUGCUAUUUUAUGUCAGUGAGGAUUGGCAUAGUUCCUAUGUGAAGCAUAAGUCGGCACAACCAGAAACAGCGCAGAUGGAUUACAGUACGACCGAGCCACAUUUGGUCAAAGUUGCUGCUUUUGGUAGAGCUUUAAUCAAAAAAAAGGAAUUUUAUCGAGCUGCUUAUUUCCUGAAACAAGUAAAAGUUUCGUCAUAUGAUCGUUUCAUGUAUUACUGGGCGAGAUAUUUGGCGUAUGAAUAUAAUCGACUUGAAACUGAGGCAGAUUCAAUUGGUCGAAUGGAGUACGACGAUUCGGAACUUAAGGAACUUCAUAAUGAGCUUUGUCUGCUUGGUAGUGAUCAUCCGGAAUAUUUCGAUACAUUUCUUCUAUACAUUCUUGCAAAGGUUCGUUGCAGUCUGAAAUUGAAGGAUAAAGCAAAGGAAGCAUUCCUUGAAUCUGUAGCAUUGAAUCGAGCUAUGUGGCCUUCAUGGGAGGAGUUGAUUAUGCUUGUAGAUUCUGUGGACGAGGCUGAAACAGAGGCGUACUCUGCGGAUGGACACUGGAUGUAUCAGUUCUUUAGAGCUGCAGUUCUUUCUCGCUUUCAAUUGCACAAGAAUGCAUUAGAGCAGUAUGAAAAGUUGAGCGAAUGCGGUUUCCUAAAUAUGCCUUACAUUAUGAACCAAGUUGCUGCUUCGUUAAAUAAUAUGCAAGAACAUGAUAUGGCGUUGGAAUUUUUCAAAAAAGUGCGCAAGAUUGAUCCAUAUCGCGUGGAACAGAUGCAUUUAUUCUCCGAUUCUUUAUAUGUUCGAGGUUUUCGUUCAGAUUUAGCCGAUCUUGCUCAUACUUUCUUUAAGACACACAAAUUUUGCUGGGAAACAUGCUGUAUAAUAGCGAAUUACUAUAGUUUGAGAGGUGAACAUGAGAAGGCAGUUGUUUUCCUGCAGCGCUCACUUAAGCUCAAUCCUAAUAAUGCAGCAGCAUGGACACUAAUUGGUCAUGAGUUCAUGGAACAAAAAAAUAAUCCAGCUGCAUGCCUUGCAUAUCGGAAAGCAAUCGAAGCUGAUUCACAUGAUUAUCGUGGCUGGUAUGGUUUGGGUCAGCUUUAUGAUAUAUUGAAAAUGCCUUCAUAUUCGCUCUACUAUUAUCAGCAAGCUCACAAAUGCAAACCGGAUGAUUCGCGUAUGUUAGUUGCGUUAGGUGAAGUUUAUGUCCGACUUAGUCAAAUUCCCGACGCUCAGAAAUGUUUUCUGAAAGCUUAUAAGGUUGGAGACGUCGAGGGAACUGCGCUUAUGCUACUUGGAAAACUCUAUGCAAAGUGUUACGACAAUGAUCAAGCUGCAUUAAUCUAUGAAAAAUAUUUGAAUGUCUAUGGUGAAGAAUUCAUGGAUGACUUGAAUAAUGUUGCAACAUGUUGUUCUUUCCUUGCCAAAUAUUAUCUGAAAAAAGGUGACCUGGAUACAGCUACUCCGUUUGCACAACGUUGCCUAGAAUAUGACACCACAAAAGAAGAAGGACGAAAUACGUUGCGCCAAAUAAGUCAACUACAUCAUCGAUACAGCGUAUUGCCUGAAACACUUGUUGCUGCAUCAAAUGCAACACCAAUGGUAGCCAUGCAUCCUGGAAAUGUCCAGUGUCAGGGAAUUCAUGUUUUACCUUCAGAGAGUUCAACCCCUCUUCAUGGUUUCCGGACACCAACAAUCGAAGAAGGCGAGGCUGAAAUGGCCAUCUCAUCUGAUGCCUCCGAUGUUUCCGACGAAUCAUCUUUGAAUGCUUCAUACUAAAAAUGUUCCUAAGAGUUUCUUCUAAUACAGUUGAGAAUCCUUAUUUCUGAAGUAGCAUUCCAAACUCCAUUAGAACUCAGCUGUGACUUGGUUAAUUGUAAAGUGCAUUGGUUAACAGUAAUUUUACCCGCUUAGAAAGCAAGGGAUUUUUCCCGCUAAGGAACUCCGCGCAGCAAAAUAGUAUACUCUCAAA